CCCACGCGGAGGAGAAAAGCCCCUCAGAGAAUUGAAACACCAUUUCAGAUCAGAUCCUUAAUCCAGAGCCCAAACACGUACGCUUCCGAGCUCCGAGCGCCGAUACACGACACGGAAGCCGAGCACACGAGCACACUCUCCCUGCUCGCCGCCGCGUCUCUCUCUAUCUCUGCCAUCUCCGGAGCUGCUCUCGCCUCACCGCGCACGCACGUCGGCCCCAGCCCGCUCGCGCAGUCCUUCCAGAUUCCCUCGUCGGGGAGCGGCGUUGAGACCUUGCUCCGAUGAGCUCGGGGGCCGUGGCGGCCUCGGAUCCGGGGGGUGGCGAGCCGAAGCCGGUGGCGGCCGCUGACGUGGCGAUGAUGGAAGCCGCGGAGGAGGUGGAUGCUACCGCCGCCGAGGUGGGGGUGGAGGGGAAGGCUCGGGUGGUGGGUGAGGGUGAUGCGGCGACGGCGAUGGAUGUUGAGCAGGAAGGGGGCGAGGCGGCGGCAGUGAGCGAUCCACUUUACGCGACGGAGUCGGCUGGUAUGGUUACUGAAGAAGGGCGCGGAGACGAACCGGUGGAGGGCGCGGAGGGGGUGAACGGAGCAGACGGUGGCCAGGAGAUGGUGCAAGCGGGAGCUGGAGGUCUGCAGAGUGAAGCGGAGACGAAGCCUGUCCCGGCUGGAUAUGGAGCUGGGCCUGCUGUUGCUGGUCAAGCUGUGGAAUCAGCUGUUUCUGCCGCUUCUGAACAUGCUGAAGCCAGAUCCAAUAAACUUGAAGAAAAUUAUGUAAAUGCAGACCCUGGGAGAGAAAAUAAAGAAUGUGAUAACGGCGUAGCACAUUGUUAUAAGGAAAUACAGAAUAAUGUGCCUGUUGGUGCCGAGGGAAGCUCCAAGAUCAAUGAAGAUGACGGAGCACCUGCAGUUGACCAACCAAAAGAUAGAUCUGAAAUCCUCCCGCAAUGGGAGCAGAUUACUGGCAGUGGAAAUAAUCCUAGCAGUAACGAGGCUGCUAGUCCAGGAAAUGUUGAUCAGUGUGCUAGAUACUGCCUGCCUCCUCUUGAUAAAGGUGGUUUUCGAGUUUCUGAUCUUGUCUGGGGUAAAGUAAAAAGUCAUCCUUGGUGGCCUGGUGAGAUUUUUGAUCCAUCAGAUGCAUCUGAGUUGGCGCUGAAGCACCAGAAAAAGAACAGCCAUUUGGUAGCUUAUUUUGGUGACAAUACUUUUGCUUGGUGCGAUGAAUCCCAGUUGAAGCCUCUCGUGACAAACUAUUCACAAAUGGAGAAACAGAGCAGCUCAGAUGCUUUUGUCAGCUCAGUUAAUAAUGCACUUGAGGAACUUUCAAGGCGGAUACUGUCAGGUAUGAGCUGUUCUUGUUUGCCAGAGGAGCUUUCUGAUAGUGGCAUGUCCUAUACGGUUGAGAAUGCUGGGCUCAAGGAUGGAGUUACUUGCUCUGCAGUUAAUCGGUCUGAGAUCUUAAAAUGUUUCAGUCCUGCAAACCUUCUGCAUUAUAUUAAGGAGUUGGCUCUAUUUCCUGGCCAAGGGGGUGACCUGUUGGAGUUAGUGAUAGCAUGUUCUCAACUUACUUCUUUCUAUCGAUCUAAGGGAUGCCCUGAACUUGCAUCAUUUCAAACUGGCAGUGCCUGGGUUGAGGAUGGCAUGGACACUCUGUCCGCCCAGACUGAAAUGGUCGAGGAAGCUGUCAUUAAUGAAGUGCAUCCUACUCAUGAUAAGCCCAAAAGAGGCAGGGGGAGACCACGGAAACAAAAACCUGAGGAUGACCAAGAGGUGAAGGAGAAAAAGGGCACAUCUAAUUGGUCCAAUGAUACUACUUAUGAUGAUACAGUGGAAAAACAAAUGGGUAUGAACUUUGAUGAUUUUGACAACUUACAGAAUAAGAAGAAGAGAAGCCUCGACUCUUUUGAAGAUUCAGAGAAGCCAUCAGCUCCAACUGGUGGUAGUUCUUUCAAGAUUGGUGAGUGCAUACGGCGAGCUGCAAGCCAGCUGACAGGAUCUUCGUCCAUUGUGAAGGCUCAGAAUGAACCAACAGUUUAUAAGAAUGCUGCUGAAGCAGAGAAUGGAGAAUUUGAGAUCUCUAGUGAUGAUGCUGUUGAUGAACUUACUGUGGAGAAGCGGGCAAAAAGGAGACGCAUUUACAGGAACCACACUGCAGACCCCAAGGAAUUAUUGUCACAGUUGUGCCUAGUUGCCACAGAACCAAUGAAUGGAUAUAGUUUCUCAGCGACGAUAAUCAGUUACUUCAGUGAUUACAGAAACUAUGUUGUUUCUAGUACUACUGAAGCAAGCAUUGUUGAAAAAGGUACAGGAAGGAGGGGGAGAAAGAGGAAGGUUUUGCCUUUUCCUGAGGUAGAAACAACUGAUCAUAUGCAGGACUCCUACUGGUCUGGAUUGAGCUUACAUAAUCACCCGAUUCAUGACAUUAGAAAAGCAAGUUCCACCACUAGGCUAAGACGGAGGCGAAGAUCAUCACAACAGACUUAUGUGCCUUCAUCGGAACUUGGGGCUUCAGGUCCUAAGAAACAGAUACAAGUGAUUGAAAGAUCCAUUAUCCAUGUCGAUGAAAAGAUGGUUGAUGAGUUGAAACCCACUGCACUUAUCUUGAGCUUUGCCAGGUCAGCUGCUCUUCCUUCAGAAAUGGAUCUCAUUAAGAUGUUCAGUCGCUAUGGACCACUAAAAGAAACCAAGACCGAAGUGCAUAAGGACACAAAUACUGUUAAAGUUGUCUUCAAGAAACGCAUCGAUGCUGAAAUAGCUUUCAGUGUUGCUGGCAAGUAUGGAACUUUUGGACCUUCACUUCGAAGCUACCGUCUUGUUAAUAUGCCGUUCUCUCUAAGCACUUCAGAAGCGAAUUCGAAUAAUCCUGGGACACAACCUGAAGAAUGUUGCCUGGAGGUUCCUGGUCCGAGUGAGUCUGAAGCUCCCCUGGAUGCCAUGCAAGUUGAUCAGGUUGACAAAACUGAAAAAGCAGAAGUUGUGGGAGAACCGUCAGUUGAGCGAGUUGAGACUGACCAGCAAACAUGUCUAGUGGAAGCUGCAGACAAGACAUUGGCCAAUCACAUUGGCAUGGUUGAUAAAACUGGACAAAUUAAUGCUGAGCUAACUGAUCAUGUUGAUCAAUUCGAAACAGCUGCACAAGCUGAACCUGUGGCUGAAGGGUCUUCUGAGCAAGUUAGUACUGUUGUGCAAGCUUGCACUCGGAAGGAAGCAGCAGUUGAAAGUCUAUCGGAGAUUACCCAAUCUGUAGCUGCAACUGGGGUGUCAAAUGGAGGCACAAUUGAUAAAAUCCAGCAAGAUGAAGCCCCAAAUCAAGCACUGAUUGAUGAUACAACAAAUACCUUGCAAAUAGAAGCUGCAUCAGAGGCGCAAACUGAGGACACUGUCAAGCAAGCUUUACAUGCUGAUGCUACAAAUGAAGGGUCAGCUCAAGUUGUUUCAGAUAAUAUGCAAGGAAAUGUUGUAGCCGAAGCCCCAAAACAGGGUCAUAUUUCUGGAGAUAAUGCUGUAUUUGAUGCUGUGGCUGAAGUGCCAACUACUGAACAAGUUGAUGAUGAGGCUGAUACUGUGAAUGAAGUUCCAGAAGAGUUACAAAGUCAAACAACUAAUGAAAAACCAGUGGAACAAGAUGCAACUAAAGAAAAAAUGGGAUCUGAAGCUCCAAAACAAGUAUCAGGUGAAGUUCCAUGUAGUACAAAGUUGGAAGCUGAAACUUUAACUGGAGAACCAGUUGGACAAGUUGCAGUUGAGCAAGUCAAAGUUCAAGUUGAAUCCAAAACUGCUGUUGAAGCAUCAGGUGAACAAGCCUACAGUUUUGAGCAAACUGUUCAAGUGGAUGCUGUAACUGAAGCGUCAGGUGGACAAAUUGAAGUGGAAAUACAAAAUCCAGAAGAUGAAUCUAUGGCUAGUGCAAUUACCGAGCACUCGGUCAUGGUUGAGGAAACUGUGGAGUCAAAAGUUGAAGUACCAGUCGAGGAAAAUGUAGAAAAUAAUGCUGCCGCCGCAGGACUAGUUGAAGACACUGCAGAAGGUGAAACUAUGGCGGAAGCACCAUAUGAGAAAAUAGAAAAUAAAGCUCCUGCUGAAGCACUACCUGGGGAGACCAAAGAAGGUGAGAUCACAGUUGAGGCACCAGAUGUGAAAGCAGAAAAUGAAGCUAUUGCUGAACCAAUAACUGGGGAAAAAGCCCAUGGUGAAAGUACAGCUGAAGCAUCAGAUAAGGAAACUAGAACAGCUGAGGAAACUGUAGAGGAUGUUAAAGCACUAGAUGAGAAAACUACAACAGAUAAGAUUACCGUAGAGGAUGCCACAGUUGUGACACCAGUUGAGAAAAGUACUACAGCAGACAAAACUGUGGAGGAUGCCAUAGUUGAGACACCAGGUGGGAAAACCACUGAAGUUGAGGAAACUGUGGAGGAUGCCAUGGUUGAGACACCAGAUGGGAAAACCACUGAAGUCGAGAAAACUGUGGAGGAUGAAGUGGUUGAGACAUCAGAUGGGAAAACCACCGAAGUCGAGAAAACCGUGGAGGACGCCACAGUUGAAGCACCAGAUGAGAAUUCUUCUGCAGCUGAGAAAACUAUAGAGGGCACCAUGGUUGGGGCACCAAGUGUACAAGCAGGUGUAGGCGAGCAAACCGGCUAGCAUGUGUUGCAUUCUUUUUAGUCUCUGUUGAUAUUGAGGUAGUCUGCUCAAUUGAUUCACUCAUCUAGGUGUGGUCUGUACAGAAAAAUGGGAGUCCACUCUAGCAUCAUAACGCUAUGAGGUUUUUAGUAACUAGGGCAUGGGCAUCUUUGCCCCUGGCUUUUCAUAUGAACUCCAUCUAGUUGUAUUGGAUGCACACGUGUCAGUUUAUCAUAAAGAGAGUUUCUUCCUACACCUCCGUGUAGCGGUAGGAGGAUGAGAUAUGGGAAGCCAUGUUCUUUCCCACAUUCCAUGGUCAGGCUUGGGAGUCUUUGGGCAAUCUUCUAGAAUUUGAAGAUUCUUGUACCAUUUGUCAUUUGUAAACUAACUGUGUUCAGGAACUUAUUCCUUCAUCAUAUCACGUAUAUUUUUUCGGUGAA